AUGACACCGCUCGUCAACGUGACCGCGGGCAUUCAUGUCGCCUCGACAAUCGUUGUUCUUCUGUACACCUUUUUCAGCUUCCUCGCCCACUAUGCGCAGGCCAACUCUUCGUUCAACACGGUGUCGAGGAACUUUCUGCGCCUGACUGCCGUUGCCGUUUUGCUAUCAACACUCGUUGCAGAGGCAGUGCUGUUGAACAGGAAGGCCCCGACGCCGGCCGCGCUGACGGAACACAUGCUCAGCAUUGUCUAUACAUCUGUGGCAUGGGCUUUGGUGUGCCUGAGAAAGAGACUUUUGGUCGUCGACUUAUUCUCCCUGUCACUUGUUAUUAUAGUGCUCGGCAGCCCAUUAGCGGUGACGGAAUACCUCGCAAAGACAGCGGAUCACAUUUUUAUGCUCCACGCCGUACGUCUCGUCAUCGCGCUCUCGCUGCUCGUGGAUAGUGCAAGACGACUACGGAAACGGUCCAAGACAGAUGCUACGCUGGAUGAUGAAUCGCAACCGCUACUCCAGGAUGAUUCCUCUACUAGGUCGGCGAACAGCUCGUUUGGCUCCCACACCUUGGCUGCUGAUUCUCCGCUCAACAACCAAAGCGACAAAGACAGCGAUACAUCCUCCGUCGCCAGCGACGAGUCCGAGGAUGAUUUUGACUCCGCCGCCGGCCGUCUUCGCAAAAGCGGAAGCUGGAUCGAGUACCUCCGCAACUUCAAGGUCUUCCUGCCCAGCCUCAUCCCGCGCGACGAUGUCAAGGUGCAGGCGUGCCUGGCGCUGUGUAUCCUGAAUGUCCUCGCCGGCCGGGCGCUAAUCAUUGCCGUGCCGCAACAGCUGGGCAAGGUCACCGACGAGCUUGUCAGUGGCGGACUGCCCAUCAAGGCUCUCUUGGUGUACUACCUGCUGACCCUCCUCGACGGCGAGUGCGGGCGCGGCCUGGUCGAGACGCUGACCAAGAUGCCCGUGCAGCAAUACUCGUACCGAAAGCUGUCCAACGCGGCCUUCGCGCACGUCAUGCGCCUCGAGAUGAGCUUUCACGACGACCAGGACUCCGCCGAGCUCAUGAAGGCCGUCGAGCAAGGCGAGGCCCUCACCAAUAUCCUCGACACCGCCGUCCUCGAGAUGCUGCCCACCGUGCUCGACACCGUCGCCGCCUUCGUCGUGCUGUACGCCAAGUUCAACGCCGGCGUCGCCGUCGCCCUCGUCACCGCCGGCGUCGGCUUCUUCGCCGCUGAGGUCGUCACCGCCGGCUACAACAUCGACAACCGGCGGCGUGUCACCCGCGCCGAGCGCCGCCAGACGCGUGUCAUGCACCAGGCCGUGCAGGGGUGGCGCACCGUCUCGGCUUUCAACAUGCUCUCGUACGAGACGCGCCGUUACGGCGAGGCCGUCGGUGCCACCAACCGCGCCCGGCUCGUCUGGGCCGUCCGCGACGCCUACAUCGAGGCCGUCCUCAGCGCCGUCAUGCCCACCACCUUUUUCGGGCUCGCGCUCGUCCUCGCCCGCGAGAUCCACGCCGGCCGCGCCUCGCCCGGUGACUUCGUCUUCCUCCUCCAGUACUGGGAGUUGCUCCUCUGGCCGCUCAAGUUCCUCUCCCGGGAGUACCGCUACCUCAUGCGGGACCUCGUCGACGCCGAGCGCCUGCUCGCGCUGCUCAGCACCGAGCCCGCCAUCACCGACGCGCCCGACGCGAAGCCGCUCGGCCCCGGUGUCCGCGGUGCCGUCGCGUUCGAGCACGUCGACUUUGCGUACGACCCCCGCAGGCCGGCCCUCCGCGACGCCAACAUCUCCGCUGCGCCCGGCCAGACCGUCGCGCUCGUCGGCGCCACCGGCGCCGGCAAGUCGACUAUCACGAAGCUGCUGAUGCGGUACUACGACGUCACCGGCGGACGCGUCACCGUCGACGGCACCGACAUUCGCUCCGUGACCCAGGGCUCGCUGCGCGACGUCAUCGGCCUCGUGCCCCAGGACCCUCUGCUCUUUAACGCCACCAUCAUGGAGAACGUGCGGUACGCACGCCCCUCGGCUACUGACGCCGAGGUCCACGAGGCCUGCCGCGCCGCCGCCAUCCACGACCACAUUGUCUCCUCCUUUCCCGACGGCUACGCGACAAGGGUGGGCGAGUCGGGCACGCGCAUGUCAGGCGGCGAGCUGCAGCGCAUCGCCAUCGCGCGCGUCUUCCUCAAGGACCCGCCGAUCCUCGUUCUCGACGAGGCGACCAGCGCCGUCGACACCAACACCGAGGCGCUGAUCCAGCUCGGGCUCGCGCGCGUGAGCGAGAGGCGCACGACGUUUGUGGUCGCGCAUCGCCUGUCGACGGUCGUGCGCGCGGACAAGAUCCUCGUGCUGCACGCAGGGGCCAUCGUCGAGCGCGGCACGCACGCGGAGCUGCUGCGGCUAAAGGGUAGGUAUUAUUCGCUCUGGGAGAACCAGCGUGGUGGCCUGCUUGAUCUUGAGGGGUCAGAGACGAGCGCAGAGGGGGAAUCUUCGACGAAGCAAGGGGAGCAAAGUAAAUGA